GUGAAUGGGGAGCGGGUGACGUCAGCGCCGAAUGUCAACAAUGUAGCGAUUGAGAGUGUGGGCGUUCCGGGGAGAGCGCGAGCCGCGCGGCGCGGAGCAAACAGCGCCGAGCCGCCGCCGCCUCAGCAGCAGCAGCAGCGACCGUGCACACCCGGGCUGCGGUCUCAGCAGCGCUAACGUGAGCGCCCGCCGCCGCCCUCGCCACCCCGCCUGCCUACUCCCGCUGCCGCCGGGCUCUCGCUUUCUCUCCGGCCUCCCCUCGACCCUUCCCCUCCCCCUACCCGGCACACACGGGGGGCUGGGAGCGAGCUGCCAUGUGAUGCGCGUCCUCUCGGUGAGCUUUUGGUGACCCCCGAACCGCCCACCGCGCCGGCUCCCUGGAGGGGGCUGCAGGCUGGGAAGACGCUGGGAAGAGGAGGCGGAAAAGGACGCAAAGUUCUCUGGCGAGUGCAGCUGUCUGCUUCAGGAAGUGAGGUCUACAGCAACGAGGAGAAUCUUCAAGAGCUGCCUCGCACUGUGACAUGUCUGAGCCCUUACUCCAGUCCCUGCAGCAUGAACAAGGUGGACACUCACUGACCUGUCACAAGGUUACUCUGCAAAGCUUUGGGGUCCAUGCCUGAAUGGAUUGCUGUAGCCUUCUCAUCUCUCCCUUCGCCCGGUUCCCUGCAUCCUAAGACUCGAAGCCAGCACAGAGCCUGGAAAAAUUACAUGGUGUGAACGGCAUGUCUGUGGAUGAGAAGCCUGACUCCCCCAUGUAUGUGUAUGAGUCCACAGUCCACUGCACCAACAUCCUCCUGGGCCUCAAUGACCAGCGGAAAAAGGAUAUUCUCUGUGACGUGACUCUGAUUGUGGAAAGGAAGGAGUUCCGGGCCCACCGGGCUGUGCUGGCCGCAUGCAGUGAAUACUUCUGGCAGGCGCUGGUUGGACAGACGAAAAAUGACUUGGUGGUCAGCUUGCCUGAGGAGGUCACGGCCAGGGGCUUUGGGCCUCUGCUACAGUUUGCCUACACCGCCAAACUAUUACUCAGCAGAGAAAACAUCCGCGAGGUCAUCCGCUGUGCUGAGUUCCUGCGCAUGCAUAACCUGGAGGACUCCUGCUUCAGCUUCCUGCAGACCCAGCUCCUGAACAGUGAGGAUGGCCUGUUCGUGUGCCGGAAGGACACGGCGUGCCAGCGCCCGCACGAGGACCGUGAGAACUCCGCGGGAGAGGAGGAGGAGGAAGAGGAGGAGACGAUGGACUCCGAGACGGCCAAGAUGGCGUGCCCCAGGGACCAGAUGCUUCCAGACCCCAUCAGCUUUGAGGCCACCGCCAUCCCAGCAGCCGAGAAGGAAGAAGCUUUGCUGCCCGAGUCCGAUGUGCCAGCCGACACCAAGGAGAGCUCCGAAAAGGACGCGUUGACGCAGUACCCCAGAUACAAGAAAUACCAGCUUGCAUGUACCAAGAAUGUCUACAAUGCAUCAUCACACAGUACCUCAGGUUUUGCAAGCACAUUCAGUGAAGAGAACUCUAGCAACAGCCUCAAGCCGGGGCUUGCCGUGGGGCAGAUUAAAAGUGAGCCGCCCAGUGAAGAGAACGAGGAAGAGAGCAUCACGCUCUGCCUGUCCGGAGACGAGCCUGACAGCAAGGACCGAGCAGGUGAUAUCGAAAUGGACCGGAAACAGCCCAGCCCCGCCCCCGGCCCCGCCCCCGCCGCCGGGGCCACCUGCCUGGAGAGAUCCAGGAGUGUGUCCUCCCCCUCCUGUUUAAGGUCUCUGUUCAGCAUAAAAAAUAGUGUGGAGUUGUCUGGCCUGCCCAGUACCUCUCAGCAGCACUUUGCCAGGAGUUCAGCGUGCCCUUUUGACAAGGGGAUCACUCAGGGUGACCUUAAAACUGACUACGCCCCUUUCCCGGGGAAUUACGGACAGCCCCACCUGGGCCAGAAGGACCCGUCCAACUUCACCAUGGGGUCGCCCCUCAAGGGGCCUGGGUUGGAGGCUCUCUGUAAACAGGAAGGAGAGCUGGACCGGAGAAGUGUGAUCUUCUCCUCGAGCGCUUGUGACCAAGUGAGCACUGCGGUGCAUUCGUAUUCUGGGGUAAGCAGUUUGGACAAAGACCUCUCCGAGCCGGUGCCAAAGGGUCUGUGGGUGGGGGCUGGCCAGUCCCUCCCCAGCUCACAGGCCUACGCCCACGGUGGGCUGAUGGCUGACCAUUUGCCAGGAAGGAUACGGCCCAACACUAGCUGCCCGGUGCCGAUCAAAGUCUGCCCUCGCUCGCCCCCCUUGGAGACCAGGACCAGGACUUCCAGCUCAUGCUCCUCCUAUUCCUACGCAGAGGAUGGGAGCGGGGGCUCACCCUGCAGCCUCCCUCUCUGUGAGUUCUCCUCCUCGCCCUGUUCCCAGGGAGCCAGAUUCCUAGCCACAGAACAUCAGGAACCAGGCCUGAUGGGAGAUGGAAUGUACAACCAAGUCCGACCCCAAAUUAAAUGUGAGCAGUCUUAUGGAACCAACUCCAGCGACGAAUCCGGAUCGUUCUCGGAAGCAGACAGUGAGUCGUGUCCCGUGCAGGACAGGGGCCAGGAGGUCAAACUUCCCUUUCCUGUAGAUCAAAUCACAGAUCUUCCAAGGAACGAUUUCCAGAUGAUGAUUAAGAUGCACAAGCUAACCUCAGAACAGUUAGAGUUCAUUCACGACGUCCGACGGCGCAGCAAGAACCGCAUCGCAGCCCAGCGCUGCCGCAAGAGGAAACUAGACUGUAUUCAGAAUUUAGAAUGUGAAAUCCGCAAAUUGGUGUGUGAGAAAGAGAAGCUGUUGUCAGAGAGGAACCAACUGAAAGCCUGCAUGGGGGAGCUGCUGGACAAUUUCUCCUGCCUUUCGCAGGAAGUCUGCCGCGACAUCCAGAGCCCGGAGCAGAUCCAGGCCCUGCAUCGGUACUGCCCCGUCCUCAGACCCGUGGGCCUCCCCGCAGCCUCCAGUAUUAACCCCGCGCCCUUGGGCGUCGAGCAGAACCCGGCCGCCGCGCAGCGAGCGGUGGGCGAAAGCGCGCCCUGCUGCUUGGAGCCCGGAGCGGCUCCCCCCGGCCGCCCCUGGGCCCCCGGCUGCGCCCCGGAGAACUGUACUUCCGGGCGGAGGCCCGAGGGCGCUGAGCCGGGAACCUUCUCGGAGAGGGCGCCUCCUCUUGAAUCCAGGAGCCAGACGGUGACCGUGGACUUCUGCCAGGAGAUGACUGAUAAGUGUACGACUGACGAGCAGCCCCGGAAAGAGUACACCUAGUGACCCGGCCCGCCGUCCAGUUCUCCCGCGUCUGCCCCAGCCCCCGGGGGCUCCUCGGUCAGCCUGCGGUGCUGCUCGUCUGUUGUCUGGAAGAACCGAGAAGGAAUUUGGUGCACACUACAGCGUUCUCAGCAGCAAUACUGUUUCUCAGUAUUCCCUCCUCUCUCCACGCGGGAGUGAUACACAGUUCCCUUCACAAUGGUGCUACCCCUUGCCCGGGCAAGGAAGGACGGCGGCGGUGACGCUGCCUGUCUGUGGGUUAAUUUCAGUCUCAACAGGGAUAGACUGUAACACCUCUAGGACCCAACCACGGAUUUUGUUUCUCAGUGGCCCAUGUCACAAACCCUAUCUCAGGAAUUUCUUCUGAAUGUUCAAUUUUUUCAUUGAAGACAGCUUCUAUACACAUCAAAGUUUUAUAGCUAGACUGUACAUAUUAUAUAUAAUAUAUAUAUAAAAUAUAUAUAUAUAUCCAUAUGCAAAAGUCCUGCAUGCCUCAAUUUUCUCAUCCUGAAACUGGAAACUUCAUUUCUCGUUUAUCAACAGGUUCCAACAUUCCUCUUCUUUUGUCUCCGGUGCCAGAACUAGUUUGGUAACUGUUAACAUAGUCAUUUUUCUUGCUUCACAGUUCAACUUCAGUUUGUACUUAUUUAUGGAACAGAAUUCAAUGUUGGAAGCUUUUUUUUUUUUUUGAGGUUUUAUUUCAGACCCUUUUUCUGUUGUCGUUUGGUUUGCUUUGGGCACCAUCGGCCGGUGUCCUCGGAGUGUCGUGGGUUUGUUGUUGGUUUUUUUUUUUUUCUUGCAGAUACUGUACAGUCAUGGUCAACUUUGCCACUUGCACUGAGUUUUGGGUCAAACCUAUUUUCUUAAAUGAAGUUGUUAUUACUUCAGUAUAACUCAAGUAUACUGUAUAUUCUUUGCUUUUAGUUGAAAAGUAAGACAUUUUAGCUAAUUAAAAAGCACUCAGGUGAUAAUUAUGUAGGAAAAAUAAUCUUGCCAAAUAAUGAAUUCAUCCUAGGAUGUGUAGACAAUAAUCUGCUUGAAUAUUUUUAUAUUUCAUCUCCUCCCCACCUCUCCCGGAAGCAAAGUUUAAAUGCAGAGAGUUCAGAGUUGAUACUGGAUGUUCAGACUCCUAAGUGGGGAGAGAGUUUGGACGUCCACUCAGAAGUGCAUCCAAACAGCAGGAACCCGUGAUUUUGUACCAGAACUCAGCAGGCAUUGGCUCCUAAAAAUCAAGUUAGAACUAUUUUCUCACCCAAGGGGCGAGUCCCGUUCAUUUCAACCCGUCCUCAGGCCUCUGCCUGUUCUUGGAAGGGCAGCGCAGGAGGAACUUCUCGGAAGGAUUUGGCUGAUCAGCCACCCGACCAUCCCGGCCCCCUGCUCCCCUGUCCAGGCCCCCUGCACAGGCUGGGCUCCCAGGACCUCUCACCUGAGUCAGUUUAACUCAUAGCACCUGGGGUCCUGCCUGUAAGCGGCGUCCUGGGUUAAUGCAGCUUGCCCAGAGUAGGGGAGAGUGGGCGCAUGUGAGCCUGGGGUCUGUCCCUGACGCAGGCAAAAGAAUUUCUUUCUCCCUCCCUUCUCCAAAUGCUUUGAGUUGAAUUCUGGGGGUUUUCUGCUCGUCUCUUGUCCAAAGGCAGAUUUCAUUCUGAGGCUUUGGACACGAUAUGGCCAAGGAGCCCUCCCUGCCCCUUUACCCGGCCACACACACACACACACACACACACACACACCUACCCUCACCUGAUGGUAAUUUUCUUCUCUUGCUGCAAAACUGGUUGGCUUGCAACCCACAGAGAGCAGCUUCCCUUGGCUUUGGGGGUGUGCUGGCCCCUGGCCACGUUUACAGGAAGAUGUGCCCAGACCCUGCCCCCAGCCUAAGAGGAGGCGGAGUCCCUCCCUCCCUCCCUCCGGUGGGCCCUCCAGCCUGGCUGCGGGACUCUUCCCGAAAGGUUUGAUGUGGGGAUGGGGUGGUGGGCAGUGGGGACUAGACGGUUGACUUUGUUUCUUUAUUUGUGCCAUUGUUUGGACAAUAUUAAAGCUGCAUGUAAAAGGGGAAAUUAGUAUAUGAUGUAGGCGAAAAGUGAAAUCAUAGUAACAUAUGUUUUAGUAUUAACUUUUUUCUGUACAAAUAUUAGCGCUAAAUGUUUAAAUAUGUAUGAAUGCCAGAAAUUUGUUGGUUCAUGCGGUAGGAUUAAAAAAAAAAAGGCUUUUCUUUUCAAGUAGUUGCGCUUUUAAAACCUGCCUCUGGGUUUCUGUUUCUCCUCAUGUGCGUGCGCAUGUGCGUGUGCUGGUCUGAGACGGAUUUUGAUGCAGCUCCACGCUGGAGCUGCCGUUUUUAUUACGGUUGUUGGAAGGUCUUGGCCUAGUGGAGCGGUUCUGUGCUUCACCGUGGGGUUUGCCUUUGUGGAAACCUGGUGACAGCCGGAAUUUAAAUUCAAUGUGAAUCGUGUGAUGCACCACAGGUAUGUGUUGCGGUGGAGGAGUCAGCCAACAGUAUUUUGUGUUUUUUUUUUAACUCUCUUGUUGCCUUUUUUAAGUGACCUCCUCUUCUUUUGGAAAAAAAAAGAAUGUUUCCUGCUAGUCUCAUAACCAGGUCCAAACCAGCCUGUUGGCGUGAUUCACCCUGGUGACAGCUCAUGUGCAACUGGUAGUCUUGACCACAUUCCACAGUCUCCCCCUGUCUGUCGUUCCGUCCGCUCGCCCCUGUGCUGCGGCCAUGUCGGGGUGGGGGAGGGGGCCUCCUGAUUUCCCUCCACCGUCAGCUCACGUUCUGCUGCCCCCAACCCCCACCUCGCUUUUCUCCCUCUUCCUCAACCAAACCCCGCUAUGGGAACUGGUUAAAAACACUGCUUGAAAAACUCUUUCCAUUUCUUAGAGAUUUUCUAACGACUUAAUGAUUUUGUUCACUAUGUACCAUAAACAGUGAUUGGCUUUGUGCAAUUGUCUGUGUGACCUGUCUUGUCUUCUACUACCCUGAACCACAUGUUCGUCAGAAUCGUUUCCAGGUUGAUUCAAAGGGAGGACUAGCUGGGGACCAGAAUCCAAACUGCCUCAAG